CUCUUGUUCCGUCGCGAUUUCGGAAUACCUGGAUACGCCCACUUCUCUAGCUCUUCAGACGAUACCAGCAUCAACCUCUCAUUCUCUGUUCUGGCCAAUUGACCUCCAAUUGACCUCAUAAUCAAGUCAAGAUGUUCGCUCGAUCCGCAUUCCGCGCUGCUCAGCCUUUAAGGUCUGUUCGUCGAUAUGCCACCGAGGCUGGAGGUGCUGGAGGUUCCAAUGCUCUCCUCUACGCCGCUGGAGCUGCUGCCGUUGGAGGUGCUGGUUACUGGUACUUUAGCAAGAGCGGAGCUCCCUCUGCUGCGGCUGCCGCUGCGGAUGUGAAGCAGGCUGUUGGUGUUGAGCCCAAGAAGGCCUUCACUGGUGGUGACCAGGGUUUCGUUUCCCUCAAGCUCUCGGAUGUUGAGCUUGUCAACCACAACACCAAGCGUCUACGCUUCGAGCUUCCCGAGCCCGAUCAAGUCUCUGGUCUGCACGUUGCCAGCGCCAUUCUUACAAAGUACAAGGGUCCCAACGACGAGAAAGCCACUCUCCGACCCUAUACCCCUAUCAGUGAUGAGAGCGAGAAGGGUUUCAUCGACUUGCUCGUUAAGAAGUACCCAAAUGGUCCUAUGAGCACACACCUCCACAACCUUGUUCCCGGUCAACGCCUCGACAUCAAGGGCCCUCUGCCUAAAUACCCCUGGGAGGAGAACAAGCACGACCACAUCGCUCUCAUUGCCGGCGGUACUGGCAUCACUCCCAUGUACCAGCUCGCUCGCGCCAUCUUCAACAACCCCAACGACAAGACCAAGGUCACCCUUGUCUUUGGUAACGUCUCUGAGCAGGACAUCCUUCUGAAAAAGGAGUUUGAGCACCUUGAGAACACCUUCCCCCAGCGUUUCCGUGCUUUCUAUGUCCUCGACAACCCUCCCAAGGAGUGGGUCGGCAACAGCGGCUACAUUUCCAAGGAGCUCCUGAAGACUGUCCUCCCUGAGCCCAAGAACGAGAACAUCAAGCUGUUCGUCUGCGGCCCUCCCGGUCUCAUGAACGCCAUUUCCGGAAACAAGGUCAGCCCCAAGAACCAGGGUGAGCUGACUGGUGCCCUGAAGGAGCUUGGCUAUAAGGAGGAUCAAGUUUACAAGUUCUAAGCGAAUGAUGCGCAUGUAAUGAUAGACCUAAAUGAUGGCGACAAAGCAUAAAGAGAACAGUGUAAGAUCUGCUAUAGAAGCGAUAUAGACGACGGGAUGCCGUCUAGAAUUGAUAAAAAGUCAACCUACA